GGAAUUUGGAAAAAAUUUAUUAUUUUGAUUGGUCAAAGCUAGUUUUAGUUAUUCAAAUAAUAUCUAGGCGAUUUGUUUUUAUCACCCGGUGGGCUUUGAUAAUUAGCUCAACAAAUCAGUUUGAUAAACACAACAAGAGUACAUACUCAGAAUAAAGAAAAGUUUAAGAGCAACAACAAACAUGUGGAACAAUAGUAGUAGCUUUGUGCGGUUGGCCAGUGCAAAGAUGAUGGUAGCCCAGGUGAAAGCUCUGGAGGAGGAUUCAGAGGAGUCCUCCCUGGAGUUCCAUGAGGACUGCAACCAGUCGUGGCGCGCCCAGUUCCGACACCCACGGAUGUCCGAACUGGCCAUCGGCCUGGAAUUCAUGAAUAUUUCUAAUCGCCCGAUGACCUCAUCGCUGGGCACCCAGGAUGGCGCUAUUGGUAAUUCAUCAUCCAGCAGGACUGAACUGGUGCCCCUCAGCCUGCGAAUCUCGCAGCUCAACAUGCUCGGUUCGGAUGAUGAGAGCCAAAUGCAGCAUCUGUAUUAG